AGGCGCCCCGGGGGGAAGGCGUUGGCUACCGGUGUCCGCCUGGGCCCGCCGCCCCGGAGCGGGGGAGACGUGUGGGGUGGGCCGCCGGGGGUUGCCUUCGUCUCCGCUUCCCCCCCCCCCCCGCCGUUCCCGCGCGGCUCGGUGGUGCGGUCCCGGGUCAGGUCUGAGGCGCGGCGGCGUGAGGCGCUGUCAGUGCCGUGCUGCGAGGUUCAGCCCAGUGCCGGUACCCGCCCCGCCGCUGCCGCCAUGGAGCCCCAUCGCUGGCUGCCCCUGGAGGCCAACCCCGACGUUACGAAUCAGUUUCUCAAACAGUUAGGUAUACAUCCUGACUGGCAAUUUGUAGAUGUUUAUGGUAUGGAACCAGAACUGCUUAGCAUGGUGCCAAGACCUGUCUGUGCAGUGCUGCUUCUCUUUCCAGUAACAGAAAAGUAUGAAACCUUCAGAACAGAAGAAGAGGAGAGAAUAAAAGCUAAGGGGCAAGAUGUCAAGUCAUCAGUGUAUUUCAUGAAGCAGACCAUUAACAACGCUUGUGGAACAAUUGGGCUAAUUCAUGCUAUUGCAAACAACAGAGAUAAAAUGAACUUUGAAACUAAUUCUUCACUGAAAAAGUUCCUAGAAGAUUCAUUAUCUAUGACUCCUGAAGAGAGGGCCAAAUAUCUAGAAACUUAUGAAGCUAUUCGUGUCACUCAUGAAUCCAGUGCCCAUGAAGGUCAGACUGAGGCACCAAGUAUAGAUGAAAAAGUAGAUCUUCACUUUAUUGCAUUAGUUAACGUAGGUGGUCAUCUCUAUGAAUUGGAUGGGCGCAAGCCAUUUCCAAUAAACCAUGGGGAAACUAGUGACGAUUCUUUUUUAGAGGAUGCAAUAGAAGUUUGCAAGAAAUUCAUGGAACGUGACCCAGAAGAAUUAAGAUUUAAUGCAAUUGCACUGUCUGCAGCUUGAAAGCCUUUUCCAGUGGGGCUAAUGUAUUGUAACAAUAAAACCUUUGCCAUAUGUUAAUAGUACAAAUUUUGAUACUUCCUUAACAUGCUGAUUAAUUGUAGCAUACGUGGAAUAAACUUUGCAUUUGUCCUUGCUA